AAACCCAGACAGGUCCAUCGGAUUGCCAGACAGAGAAGUGUGAUUCAUCACUUCAGAGAACACAUCUCCACUGCUCUAGAGCCCAGUGGUGGCGUGCUUUACACCACUGCAUCUGACACUUUGCACACUGCACUUGGUGAUGUAAGGUUUGGAUGCAGCUGCUUGGCCAUGGAAACCCAUUCCAUGAAGCUCUCUACGCUAUGUUGUUGUGCUAAUCUGAAGGCUACACUAAGUUUGGAGGUCUUUAGCUAUCGACUCUGCAGACAGUUGGUGGCUUCUGCGCACUGUACGCUUCAGCAUUCGCUGACCCCGCUCUGUCAUUUUACGUGGCCUACCACUUGGUGGCUGAGUUGCUGUUGUUCCCAGUUGCUUCCACUUUGUUACAAUAGCGCUAACAGUUGACCACGGGAUAUUUCACAGAUGGACGCUUGAAUCCACUGAGCUCCUGAGAGCAACCCAUUCUUUCACAUGUUUGUAGAAGCAGUCUCCAU